AUGGAAAGGGCUGGAGUAAUCGAGCCAUCUAACAGCCCGUGGGCAGCCCCAACUGUGCUCGUCAAAAAGGACUCCUCCUGGCGAUUUUGCAUGGACUAUCGUCGCUUAAACGCGGUCACGAGAAAAGACUCUUACCCGUUACCACGAAUCGAUGACACCUUGGACUAUAUCGCGGGGUCUAGUUGGUUUAGCUCCCUUGACCUCCAGAGUGGGUACUGGCAGGUGGAGUUGGCUCCGGAGGCCAAACCAAAGACUGCCUUCACCAUUGGCCAGGGGCUAUGGCAGUUCUGUGUAAUGCCAUUUGGCCUUUGUAACGCUCCAGCCACCUUCUCCCGGUUGAUGGAACAGGUCUUGACAGGUGUCUCCCACCGUUGCUGCAUGGUGUAUCUGGAUGACCUGUUGGUGCAUGCACCAGACUUUGAAGGGGCACUACAGCAUCUCCUGAAGAUCAAGAAGGGGAAGGGGAAUACCUGA